GUGCAAAGCAAAAUGUGUAAAACAGGAAAACCAUCAACCAAAAAAACGGCUAUGAUGGCCGCUGGCAUUGACAGUAGCCACAGUUGGAUUACUUUACUCUGGAUUGCUACAUUCAUCCUCGGCACGGCCAGUAGCACCAGUGUGUUGGGUGUUGCACUAGGACAAGGAAUUCCGACUUGGAUAUCCCUGGGAAUCAAAUCUCCUUUUAUUGUAUUCCGAACGGAACAGGAGGUGUUAUCCAACAAUAGCGUGCUGUUGAAUCUGACAGACAUACGGAACAAGCUUAAAUCCGUACAUAACUUCGAUCACUUCAUUCGACCGAUCGACGGUAAUGCUGAUAAUAAAAACACAAGGAAAGAUACGUUCGCACCCAAAGGGGCGGUUGGUAGGUUAGGCACUGCCGGCAGCACUAACUCACCACCUGCUGCGCCACCAGUCUUUAGCGCCGAGAGUGCGUUCAGCAGUGGUAACGUUUCAAUAACCUUCCUCACCACUAUAGCCCCGUCGUUUGUGAACCACUUUGAGAAAAGCAACGGCAAUGACGGUGAGCUCGGAGCUCGACCCAUAUUGUCCAUGAGGAACAAACCUCCCAUACCGAGUGUGCUAGGUUCUGGAGAUCAUAUGAUAUCGGACGAUGAUGGAGGCGGAGGAAAUGGUAAAAAAGAGCGCAAGUACAUCAUUCCACUAGCACUGAAAACGUCCACGAACGAAAAGGAGAAAACUUCAUCCGUAUUCCAUGGUUCGUCCACCAAUAUCGACGAUCUGAAGCGGCAUAUUUUGAUGUUACAAAAUCUGACUCAAUCCGAUAAAAACUUCCAAAGCAAAUUUGUAGUAUUUCCCUCUCUGCAGAAAAACGGAACCGAAAGAACCGUACAGACGACAGCAACCACUACGCCGGCAACAGUUUCACCGCAUCAUUUAUCGAUGGCAGCAGCUGGAUCUUCUUCAAAGGACGUGAAGGAAUAUCGAAACUUUGCAUCGUCGUUGCGCGGCCAAACAACGAAAGGGGAAACAAAUGCCACAAACAAUCGAUCGUUGGUCCGCCCCCUGAUCUCCUCCUCGAUCAAUGUGCCAAAGAAAGCAUUCCCGGACUCGCACGACAUAAUGUCGGACAAAAAAGAGGAGGGCCUGCAUGCGUUCAAGACGGAAAAAAUCACUAUAGUGCCGCAAGUAUUUUUGCAAAACGAUCAAACAAGUGAAGCUGUCACCGAUAAGGAGAACAACUUGAACGAAUCUGCCAAUCGUGCUGCUGCUACCGACAGCGAUAAGAUGACGACUAUAUCGCAGGUCGAGAAUGGUCCACCGUUUUCCCGAAUGCGUGAAACGAGGGAAAAAAAUGUUGUUAGAAAGUUUGGACAUAAAUCAAUGACAUCUGGUAGCGGCAAGACCGGGCCUAUCCCGGAGGUUGGCGUACUAGGCAAAGCUAGAAACAAUCAAACGGUUCUUACAACUCCACAUGUGAAAACGAGUAGUACUACGAAUAUAGGAGAAGGAUUUCCAAACCGUGCUGGAUCGGUCGAGAUCGAAGCGCAGCGGUGGAACAUGAAUGGACCGAAGUUAAACGGAACGUCAUCGUCAUCAGCUAAACCGACCGCAGCGAAACGCGAGGGGAAAAAGAAACAACAUAAAAAUGGAAAGCGUCGUGGAGGGAAGCAAACCAUCAAACUCAAUGGGUCAAAAGAACAGCCAAAAACGGUAAUAUUGAACGACGACGCUACGGUACUGCAAAUGGAUGAUAUCGAGCGUACUAGCAGUAGUGACGCGUACCGACAAGAGAUGGGUGGCGCGCGGCCCACCAAGCCAGGACGCUCUACCGGAAGCCGGAAGAGGUCUUCAUCAUCCUCUCGUGUGCGGCGCAAUGAGAAUAGUGGGAUACUACAGCAGGCAGCCAGCAAACAACAACUGUACGCUUCUACCGGACGACUGCAUGGCCAGAUUGGCCGGGAUGGACGGUACGAGAGUCGGAUAAUGGCGGUCGCAGGUUCAUUGGAGUCGUUAGCCGGCACAAUGGACCAGCUCACGAAUGAAGGAUCCGGUGAAAACAACAACAAUAGAAGUCACAAUUACCGCAAUCGGACUUUAUCAGCGGAUGGCAAUGAGAAAGAUAUUGUGGAUUUGAAUCCGGAUCUAUGCUACACGCUCAGCGCGCUAAGUGGCGGACAACAGAAACUGUGCGCUCAGCACACGACCAUUAUGCCAGCAAUCAGCCGUGGAGCUCGGGCAGCCAUACAGGAAUGCAAACAUCAGUUCCGGAACCGAAGGUGGAAUUGCAGCAUCGUGAAUGAUGAUACCGUUUUUGGACCCAUAUCAAAUAUAGGAUCUCCAGAGAUGGCGUUCGUGUACGCAAUGGCCGCGGCAGCAGCGUCUAGCUUUAUUGCACGGGCUUGCCGUGAUGGCCAACUGGCUUCCUGUGGAUGUUCCCGAAGCAGCCGACCCUCUAAGCUGAACGAAGACUGGACCUGGGGCGGAUGUGGUGAUGAUAUGGAAUACGGCUACAAAUUUACGCAAACUUUCAUCGACAUUCGUGAGAAGGAAAAAAAACGCGGCACACGUGGCCUGGUAUCCAUUCCGGCCAAGUAUCCAAAAAUAAUCGAACGUCUGUUGGGCGCACUAAACGAUACAACCAAAGCGGGCGUAAUGCUGAACGAGACGGACACGAUUCUUCGACCGGAGGACCUAGAAAAGCUGCAGGACAAAAUAGCGAAAGAGAUCGCCAACUCGAAUCUUAAUCCGAAGGAAAUCAGCGACCUACAGGAACGGAUUAACAAGGAAAUCACCAACUCCGAGGUAUUCAACCUGAAAAACGUCAACAUUUAUGAUAAAUUGAAAAAGAUAUUCCGAAAACCCGAGAAAACGCUCAACGGCGUACAGUUUAGUGCGUCAGCCAAGGCACGAGCCCUGAUGAAUUUGCAUAAUAAUGAAGCUGGUCGUAGGGCCGUUAUUAAAAAAUCACGCAUCAUCUGCAAAUGCCAUGGAGUGUCGGGUUCGUGUAGUUUGAUCACCUGUUGGCAGCAGCUAACUUCGAUCAGAGAAAUAGGCGACUUUUUGAGGGAAAAGUACGAUGAAGCAACGCAGGUUAAAGUAAACAAACGUGGUCGAUUGCAGGUAAAGGAUCCACGAUACAAAAUACCAUCUGCUUUAGAUCUCAUCUAUCUCGACGAGAGUCCAGAUUGGUGUCGGGUCAAUCGACAGCUCAUGUGGCAAGGAACACAUGGUCGUGUGUGUAAUAAGACUUCCUCUGGGCUGGAUGGAUGCUCCAUACUAUGUUGCGGUAGAGGUUAUAACACAAAGAAGAUUAUCGUGAAGGAACGCUGUAAUUGUAAAUUUCAGUGGUGUUGCCAGGUAAAGUGUGAAGUCUGCACAAAAAGCAUCGAGGAAUACACGUGUAAAUAA